GACCCUCUAGUAAAGCAGUGAAGAGUCCAGGCUCUGUGUCCUCUUCACACAUAUUGGGGAACCUUUGAACCACUCCCCCGCUACCGAGGAUCCCUCCUGGCUGCAACUGACCGACUAUGGCAACGUCUCCCGUCAAAGACUUCCUGGUUACACAUUUAAUGCCAGAAAAAUGCUAUGAGGAGUUUUUCGUCAACUUUCACUUGCACGUGCCGUGCCUAAAGUUUGUACUGAACAAAACUGCCGUAUUUUGGAUCAUACUGGAAACAUUCCUGGCACAGUUACCUCAGCUGCUGAAGAUACUGUGGAGAGGAAGUGCAGACGGUCUGAGUCUGACCUCUGUCCUGCUGCAACUGUAUGCUUUCUCAUGUCCUGUCGUGUACGCCGUGGCCAACAGCUUCCCACUCUUUGCCUGGGCUGAGAGGCUCUUCACGUUGGCGCAGACAGUGACAAUUAUGUUCCUCAUCCUUCAUCAUCGUGUUGAUGCUCUCACAGGAAUGCUGUUCCUGGCGGCGUACAGUGGUGUAAUGUUCCUGCUGGGCUCCUACGCAGCUGCAGCAGUUGUCUCAGUGAUGCAGGCCUCCAGUUUGGCAGCUUUAAUUGCAAGCAAGGUUUUCCAGGCUGGAACUAACUACCGUAACGGCCACACAGGCCAACUGUCCACUCUGUCUGUGUUACUGACGUGGGCAGGGUCUCUGGGUGUUGUCUUUGUUUCUCUACAGGAGACAGGAAGCUCACUGUCUACUCUGUCACACAUACUGUCAGCCUGUCUCAGCUGUGUCCUCGUGGCCCAGGUCCUCUGCUGCAGGAGCAGCACCAGCACUAAAAAGAACGAGUAGAGGUGGAAAACGGAGACAACAACACUCACAUCUUAUGCAAGAACAAGAAAUGGACUUUCUUCUAAAGCACCAGUUUUGGAUGUAAGAACCCUUUCAUGAAUGAAGCCCCUGGACUGGCCUCUGAGCUUCAAGUAUUUCCAGCCACUGUGAACAAACUGUCGAGUGUUGCUCAGUAACCAAGUCGCCAAGACACACUCAAGUGACGUUGGCUUCGCAUGUGCCACAAUGACACAUUAACCUUGUUUGUUUUGCCCGAUACAACAACACAUGUAGUGUUUUAUAUUCAUAUUUUAUGGAUGGAUUUUCUGACUUAAACAUCUAUUGAACUGUACUGUGAACUAAAUUUAAAGAUGCUGUGAAUUACUGUCUCUGAACCUUUAAUAAUAAAAUAAACUGUUGCCACAGA